UUCCUUUUUGACAUUUUUAUCAAGAAUAGAAUCUUUCUCUUCUUUACAUAAUUAAUUUACUCUCCUCUCAUGAUAAAGAUCUUUACAUAUACAUACAUAUACAUGUAUACAUACAUAUAUAUAUGUGUGUGUGUGUGUGAUCAUCGUCUUCUCCUCUUUCUACACAUCAAAAACUCAAUCAGAUAAGAUUUCAAGAGGGAAAAGACAAAAAAAGAAAAGAAAGAACCUUGAAGCUUUUCUCCAAUGGCUUCAUGUGGUUCACCUGAUGCAUUCUCGUGGCUUCAAACCCUUCCUCCUCUUUCCCAAUGGAAGACAAACUCCAUGUCUAUGUGCAUUUGCUCUUCAAAUCCAUCUCACCCAUCUCUGAACUUCUCUGUUGUCCGUACAUCCAUCUCCUCCAACACAUUCACUUUCUCCAUCGUAGCCAACUUCAAGCUCCCUAUCUCUCUCUGGACAUCAAAACCCUUCAGAAUCACCACUUCUGAUGCGAAUAAGUUCCUAACCGAAGAGAUGAUCUCUACCCUUUUGACGGGUUUCAUCGAUGUUGUUCUCAGCUAUGGCAUAAAGAGAACCAGUUGCUCAAUCAGGAUUCCAAACCCGAGUUCCUCUCCGAACCUCGCGGACGUGUUCAACCUCGGGUUCCACACUUUCGUGUUCCUCGUCUGCAUCUAUGAAGCUCCCAUUAGUCUGAGAACCGUUUGUCUAAACACGAUCAAGAACCAGUUGGUUACUUGUAGGUCAAGGCAAGGCUCUAAGCUACUAAUGGUGCAACUAGGAUCAAACCUUGAGGAACUGUGGAUGAGAUCUCUGAAUCUCGCCAUAACCAAUUGGAUGGUUGAGAUCAGAGCGGCUAAGCAGCGCCCGCUUCUUCAGUCUCCUUCUCCGUUGUUUUCGUACGGGUUUUCGACUCAAGGUCUGUGGAAAGUUCAUCUUUACUGUCCAGUGAUAGCAAUGGAGAUGGAGAAUAGCCCUAGCAGUGGUUUAAACGAUGAGAGGCUGUUCUUCUCUCUGAACUAUCACCAGCUCGAAGGUGUGAUCCAAUUCAACCACAGGAUCUUUGUUCAUGACAAGUGGAUUAACGUUGCAGUCAACAUUGAUAAUGUCCGGUGCGAUGUGAUAAGACUUGUGAACGAGACGCUUCUGUCGGAACGAGGGUAUGGAGCAGAGGAAAAGCACUUCCCUUCGCGGAUAUCUCUGAGACUAACUCCGACGGUUCAGUCGAACAUUCUGAUGGUGUCAGUGACAAAAUCCUCGGAGAAUCCGACAAGAGAGUUCGAAGUGGAGAAAGGGUUCGAGGCCACGGUGGAUCCACCCAACACGUUCUUCGGUCUCAAAGUCUCGGCAGGAGAGACCACGACCACGAGCUUGAAGCCGUGGAAGUUCGAGGAAUGGGUCAAUGGAUACAGCGCCAAUCUCACAUGGUUUCUCCACGAUGCUGACGACGGGAGAGAGGUUUCUUCCUCCAAACCCUCCAAGGUUUCUUUGAUGAACCCUAGGGCUUGGUUCAAGAACAGAUACUCGAGCGCUUUCAGGCCAUUCAACAGGCAAGGGGGAGUGGUGUUCGCAGGGGAUAACUACGGACAGAGUGUCCUAUGGAAGGUAGAUAAGGCCGCCGCCGCGGGGAAAGUGAUGGAGUUUGAGCUCAGAGGCUGCAUUUGGUUGACCUAUUGGCCCAACAGGCACCACACUUUCUAUAACGACACCCGCAAAUUGGAAUUUAGGGAGAUGCUUUACCUAAAUCUUCCUUAUUGAAUCUUCUUCCCCUCUUGUAUCCAAUGCUAUAUUUUGUUACUUCAUUAUCCAUAUGACCUUGUUGUUCAUGUUA